AUGUCCGAGCCCAUCCUCUUCGAAGAUGCCUUCUCCAUACUCAGCGUCAACAGUCAGAAGUACGAGCGCGUCUCUCGAAUCGCGGCAACCAGCAACGACCAGCAGAUCUCGCUCACGCUCGAUGUCAACACCGAGCUGUACCCGGUAAACGUCAGUGACCGGGUACAGAUCGCCCUGGCUCUCACGUUAAACCUCGACGGAAGCAAGGACGAUACCAAAGGGUGGAGGGAUGUUGGGUUGGGGGAGAGGAGUCUAGCGGACGAAUACGACUAUGUGUGCCAUGGCAAGAUCUACAGGUUUGAGGAGGGCAAUCAAGAUGAUAUGUGA